CGGCCCUGACAGGUCAUAAGGGAUUCAUAGAUUGCUCUCUCUCAGACUAGUGAGAUAUCCAUUGAAGCGCACUCAACGUUCUCCAUUGAAGCGCAGUUGGCGUUCUCCGUUGAAUCUAGUUUUUGUAUCCCCCAUUGAAGCAACUUCUGAGGAUUUAACUAUGAAAUCAGAGCUCUUUUCCAUGAGCCCAGGGCUGCCGCCCCUCCUGCCCUGCCUCAGGGACGGGCCUGCUUUCUUUGUUCUUCACAGGGGUUCUUCUUCUUCUUCUUUGUCGCGGCCGAAAUCCAAGAGGAAAUUAAAUGAAGAAGCUGUGAAUGAGUUUGAUGAUCGUUAUCUAUAUAAUUUGAGAAUUAGUGCUUUUCAUUAUGUGUGGUCCAACAUUGACACCACCAUCAAGGGUGUCCUCAAGGAAAUCAACUUAAGCAUAUUUAAUGAAGUGAGUUCUUGGGUUCAUCAAUCAUUUAAAGCAGUGAGAUCAUGUGGGGAACCGGGCUAUGCUGAAACCACUCAUCCAUAUCCUAUAGCCCUUGAUGCCUUGUCGAAACAAAUCUACACUGGGCUCGUAUAUACCAAAAAUAUGGAGUUUGUUGAUGAUCAACUUACCUUUGAAGAACUUGGCAAUCACUUGAAGUCUGGUGGCUGCCAUGUAGCUAAUAUGUCAUCACUGGACUUCUCAGCUAAGAAUGGGAUUGGUGGUUGUUUGAGUUGUUUAUUGAGAAAGUUUCUGAAGGUUGCACUGGAUGAUGCUGAUAUGUCCAUUCUGGCAUCAUGGUACUGUGGACAAAGGGAGUCUACACCAGUAGUCAUAAUCAUUGAGGACAUGGAGAGAUGCUGUGCUUCCGUUUUGUCCAAUUUCAUUUUGAUGUUAAGCAAAUGGGUGGUUAAAAUACCAGUCAUCGUAGUAAUGGGGGUCACAACGACGCUUUAUUCGCCAGAAAAUUUGCUAUCUUCAAAUGCAUUAUUGUGUCUACGCACUUGUAAAUUUGUCUUGGGAUCUCCAGCUCAAAGAAUGGAUGCUAUUGCUGAAGCUGUUCUCUUAAGGCCUUGUUCAAGGUUUAAUGUUGGCCACAAGGUGGCUGUUUUUAUGAAAGAUUAUUUUUCGAAACAUGAUGGUACCUUGACUUCUUUUAUCAGAUCUUUAAAGAUAUCUUGUAUGCUACUUUUCUCGUCCGAGCCUUUAAGCUUCUUGCUAAAAGACUUAGAUGCUGAAGAUGAUUUUCAGGAAAUAUGGGAAGAGAAACAUGCGUUUAUUCAGGAUAUCAUGUUGAAACAUUCUUCACAACUUUCUUGCAGAGGUGAAAACUUGAUCCAUGCUAUUGGCGAGCUAAAGAGACUCCACCAACGCUGGAUCACAGUAGUCAAGUGCUUACAUGAAGCUGGAAAGCACCAAAAUGUGCAGCUGUUAGAUUUGUAUUGUGAUGCCCUUGAUCCAGAUGUUCAUAAAUCUGGGACUUUUUAUAAGCAUGGGAGAUCUUUAAGGAAUGGGUGUUUAUCUAGUCAAUAUGAUGACUCUCCCCAAAGACCUUACAUAUUUAAAGCAGUGAAUAAGGUAAGGGAUCUUUCACCAGCAGCAUUAUCUGAAUUGCUUAAUAACUGGGAGAGACAUGCUGAUGGCGUAUGCGAGAUUGGCGAUAAAGUCAAGGAGCUGCAAGUUAUGAUGACUGCAGAAAGCAAGAGCUCAGGAAGCGAUUUGAUGUAUGAUUCCUCGUCCCAAAAAUCAGAUGCACCUAAAGAUCCAAAAUUAUGGAACAGUAAAGCUGUUGUAUUGAUUGAAUGGAUGCUUCGAGAUCAGAUGAAGCCCAUUGAGAGUUUUCCGUUUCAUGAAAUCUUGUGCUUUAAGAUAGUUGACAAGCUUCAAACAGCCUUGCUGGGAGAUCCUAGAAGAAGAAUUCAAGCUGAUCUGCUGGAGCUCCAAAAAUAUUUGCACUGCAACUGUUGCAGCACUAGGGGAAGCAGAUUGCUGCCAUCACUUCAUGACACUUCAAUAACAUAUGUUCUGGCUCAAGAGCAUGGUGAUGUCAUUAAUGUUCACGAUUGGUUCCAAUCUUUCAAGGCAAUUCUUGUAACUCCACCUACAAAAGCUAGGAGUAAGUCAAAGCAUUCUUCAACUCCUAAGAAAAAGAAGGAUAUUAAUAACCUCGGUGAAGCAGCAAUUCAAGCACGUUUCUGCAAGGCAGUUUCAGAACUCCAGGUCACUGGACUACUACGAAUGCCUACAAAGAGGCGUCCAGAUUUUGUGCAGAGAGUUGCCUUUGUACUGUAACAAGAAUCAUGAAGGCUUUACUAUAUGUGCAUCAUCUUGCAUCUUUGGCAUGAAUUCCAAUCUUGUAGGCUCACUGAUGCUUUUGUUUGUACUUCACUUAUAAUUAAGAGAAAGAGGUGCUAAGAAGACCUUCCUGCCACAGCUAAAUUAUCAAGUGAAGCCGAUCUUUGUUAGGGGGUUGAACCUUGCUGGUUCAUCUAUUAUUGCUUGUAAGAAAGUUAACUUUUCACAAUGCUAUUGAUAUGUAUGUAUUUUUUUUUUAUUUACUAAUGGACAAGUUAACAUCUUUUCGAAGCCAAUAGAGCUUUAUGCAUUGUUCUCUUCAA